CACUCACGAACUAGACAUACCUCCACUAUACCACCGUCACCGCGAUCGCUGCAGAUCCUGAUCCCAACCCCAAGAUCUCAUAUUCGAUUACCUGUCACCAGUGAUUCCUCACACCGCCAUUAUGAACGUCACGCUCAAAAUCUGCUCUGUCCUCGCUCUAGCCGUCUCCGCACUGGCGUUGCCCACGACUGACACGCGAGUUAUCCAACUCCGCCUUUGGGGCGAAACCGGUUGUGCCGAGGAGAACAACGGCGAACUCGGCCUGUACCAAUCCGGGCUUAAUGAAUGUGGCACCUUCGCAGGUCCCGAAGCCAUCCACUCUAUCACCACCUACUACGUUGUAUCCGGAUAUGCUGCGCAAUUCUUCACCGACUCGAAUUGUCAGGAAGGCCUUCAGAAUGUAACAACACCAGGAUGUCUCAACGGUGACACUGCGUUCGCCAGCUAUAAGCUGGUUUUGACCUAGUAGUGGAUUGGAAGCAGAUGAGCAGUGCAGAGAUGGAUAGAUGAUAUUGAACUAUAGUUGUGAAUGUUAAGAGAAUAGUGCACUAUAUUCAUGAUCGAGAAUAUGCGAGAUUCCAAAGAAACAGACUAUGUAAAGAGAACCGACAUGAUAUGAGUAGAAUUCAGCUUCGAUACGUCUGCUAUUUUCCUUGUGAUAUAAAAUACUAUAAAGAGCAUUUGGAC